AUGACCAUGAAAAGAUCUCUGCGAUCAUCGUUAAAUCGAUAUCAUAAUGACGAAGAAAAAAGUGAAUAUGCGAACUAUAGUAAUACAAAAAUAAUCACCUUAUUUCAAGUACCUCAGUAUGAACAUUUACAAAUCCUUAUAUGCAACGGAAAUUCUUUAACAACAUUAGCCGGUGUCGAACAUAUCAAGAGACUAUGGAAACUUGACGUCGGGAAUAAUCAAAUUCAAAGUUUACAACACUUGUCGCGUUUUAUCGCACUCGGUUCACUUAUUCUGUCAGCUAAUCAUUUACAAUGGAUUGAAUUACAGCACAUUCGUCAUAUGUUCAUACUUGACUUGAGACUCGAUGGCAAUCCUAUACUAGAUGCCGAUGCCAACUAUCGGCAACAUGUUCUCGAUUGUUUACCACGAAUUUGGAUGUGCGAUGGUAUUUUUAUUUCGACAUUGGAACGUGAACAAGUGGAUGAUUUCUUCACACAAUCAUUAUUAGCAAGAAAACCAGUGCGACGAAAGUUAGCACGCGAUAUUUUUAUGCCAACAAAUCUGAGAGAUCGUUCAGUCAAUGGAUUAUUUGGACAAAAGGCGACAGACUUGUUUGCGAAAUUUCCUAUGAACUGUUUUAUUAACGUUGAAAUUGAUAAAAAGAGAAUACGACAUUUAGCAACGACAAUGCAAGAUAUAUUCGUUACGGAAAUGAGAGCUGAUGACUCAAAAAAACAAGAAGAAUUGCUCUUGGAUGAUCGGCAACUAUUUCAUCAACUUGUGGAUCUUCGAGAGAGUCAUGUAGAAGAAUUCAAUAUGUUUCUUAUAUUACUUGUCACUCAUAUUCUAUUUCAAAUACCGGAUGAGUUAUUGAAUAAUGUUUUGGAUGUGACACAUACGAAAACAAUUGGAGAAUUGAAUCUUGAGCGGAUAUUUUCGUUGGAAAAGUCGAUACAAUGCAUGAUCGCAUCGCUUAUUCACGGCGGUACACGAAUGGAUCGAGAUGAAAAUCACCCGUCUGUUUAUCAUGAUAAACUAUUCAAUAGUCUUUCAACAAUCCUUACCAAUCAAAUCCGACAAUUCUCUACAUUGAGUUCUCAUCAACCGUAUCCCAACGCAAGCAUAUAUUCGGAAGCAAAAUCUAUGUUGUGUCUCGAAGCAAUGCAAGUAUUAAUCAUGUGUCCAUCAUUUUACAAACUCGUCGAAAAUUCAAGUGUUAAUGCGAUUUUACAACAAGCUCUGGACCGAUCACCAGCCUAUGGAAGUAUGCAAGAAAUCUUGGAUAAGCUACAGGAUGAUGAAAAAUCAGCAGAAGAACAAAGAGAUGCAUUGAGUGUUGUUCUUGGGAAUAUUCUAAAAAUGGCUAUCCGAACUUUAUCCACAAAGAAAACAAAGAAAGUCGUUGAACCACCAUUAGUAGAAGCAAAUAAAGUUGAAAAUGAAAAUACAAGUCGACGGCAACUCGAACAAAGCGUAUCGUCGCCAAAACAACUACCGCGAUCCAAUAUUCAUCGUGUUCCUGCUAUCGCCGAUCGCAUCCUAACCGCUCCACAAAGAUUUGGUCGUAUCAUAACAAUUCCUGAAACAGAUGUGGCCUUAGUUCAAUUCGAUCAUGUACUUGCUAUAAAUGGAUCUAUGAUUGCUAAUGGCUCAUUCAAUGAUCAUUCGAAUUAUGUGAAUACGAACAAUUUUGAAUGGGAUGCUGUACAUGAAUAUUGGAAACCGAAAUUAGCAUCUGGGGAUAAGAUUACACUGCACAUGUUGCCAUCGAAAGAUGAAACACCUCGAAAUAUUUCACAGUUACGAACAACUUUACUAAAAACAACAGAAUCGCCUGAAAAAGGACGGACGAUACCCAAACUAUUCGAAAUUAAUAUCAAUAAGCCAAAAGAAGCAUUUGUUGAAUCAGCGCGAGAAAUAACACCGCCACCAUCGAUGGUCGAACACGAAGAUCCACAUAACUCCAAGAAGACAUCUAUCGUCGAUCAAAAGUCAGUUGCACCUGAACAAGUUGUCAUCGAACGACCUUUGUCUGUUCGCAUCAUUAAACAAAAGCAAGAACAACAAGUAAAAGAUUCAACAUUUGCCGAAGGCCUAUCUUCAUCUCCUGUUCUCAUCGAAUCUACUCUGAUUUUCAUGCCUGAUCAAUCUCAAACACAAAUUACAGCAUUUGAUUCACAACAUCAAAUGAAUGCCUCAUCAUUCUUAGAUGAUUUUGAACACACCCAUGGUGUCUAUCGCCGCGCAACAUUACAUCGUGUACCAGUACCAGUACACAAUGCAACACAAUGGUUUAGCGGGCCAAACAUGCAAAAUGAACGUUCAGGUCGAAUGGAAAAGGUUGUUUCAUCGCUUUUUCGACGAUCGUUUCGCUCUAUUUCAACUUACUCAAUGCCACGUGUACCAACGCUAACUUCACCAUCAUCAAGGGAGCAUGCUCUAUACAAAGGUGUUCGUCCAGGAACAUUUCAAGAUUUCAGUAUCGAAAGUCAACGUGUAACUCCUGCACCACUUUCUCUCAGUCGACAACUCCGAUCUGCUAAAAGUCGAUAUACGCCAUCAGCACGCUUAUACGACUUCAGUAAUUGA